AUGGGGACCGGUCCUGUGUUGUUGCUCCUGGCGGCCUCCUUACAGGCGGCCCUCGGCGCAGAGAACAUCACAAACGACACAGUGGAUGCGAUUAUGAGUGCCGCAGACACGAUGAACAUCAACACGAACUCUGAAGGGGAUCUGGACACCUUCCUCUCCGCGAUUUUCUUGAACAGCAUGAUCGCUGCAGGAUGCAUUCUUGCGUUCAGCAUCCUCCGCAUCAACUUCCCCAUCGUGUACUCGCAUCUACAGCCGGAAAGCAACAAGGCCCUCGCUGGUGAGCCCAGCGAGCCCAGCGAGCCCGGCGUGCGGACUUUGCAAAGCCGGGCUUGGGGGCUGAAGGCCAAGCUUUGCGACUGGGUGGGCUACAGCAUCAACACCAGCAUCGAGGACGCUGUGGAUAGGGCUGGUCUGGAUGCCGCCCUGUUGCGCGAGUACACUUGGCUCGCAGCUCGUGUGCUGGGCAGCAUUGGGAUUCCCAUGUGCCUCAUCGCGAUCCCUAUCACAAAGACACUCGGGGGCAAUGGAGAUGUGGACAAGCUCAGCCGCAUCGAAAUGGCCGCCGUGCAAGACAAUCAUGCCUGGCUUUUCUACGCGCACGCCGUGGUGGUUUGGCUAGUCUGCUUCGUGGUGCACUACUGGCUCUUCAGUGCACAGGCCAAGUUUCUUGACCUUCGGGUCAAGUGGCUCACAAAUCUGCCUGCUCCGCGAUCAACGACGGUGAUGGUCGAAGACAUCCCAAAGGAAUGGAGGUCCGAUGCCAAGCUCAAGCAGUUUUUCAGUAAGAUCUUCUCCCCGGAAGAUGUCCGCGAAGCCCACGUGGUGCAGCACGCGGAUGCUCUGGCCAAAACGGUUUCAAAGAGAGAGCAGCUGCUGGCUGUAAAGCGCCAAGCAGAAGCCACUAUGGAGAAGACCGGCAAGGAGGAAAUGAUCCGGCCAACCUGCUGCAGUUCGAAGGUGGAUGCUUUGGAGUAUGCAAACGACGGCCUGCAGGGAAUGGACGAAGACAUCGUCGAGCUGCUUCACAAAAUGAGGGACAGUCAGGAAAAGGACCCGGCAGCGACCGGCGCCCACUGCGGCUUUGUGACGUUCACAGGCCGGCGUUUUGCCGAGCUGGCGCAGAGUCUUCAAAUCCAUGCCGACAGAAACCAAUGGCAGGUCUCUGCUGCCCCGCCGGCAGAUGAUCUUCGGUGGUCGGACCUGCGAGGAAGCCGGGAGAUGAACAACGCAAAGCGCCUGGUGGGAUGCCUUUGCGUGGCGGGCUUGUACAUCGGCUUCAUGCCUAUCACUCUCGCAAUCACGGUGUUCGCCAAGCAUCUCGAUGUAGGACCAUUCCAGCCUCUGUGGAAUGCCUUUGCACCCACUCUUGGUCUCACCAUCUUCCUGUCCUUGCUGCCUUCUGUGAUGAUGGCUAUCUUCCGGGCAUUUUUUGUUCUCAAGGCGGAGUCGUUCGCACAGCACAAGCUGCAGUUUUGGUUCUUCGUCUUCCAACUGAUCUUCGUGGUGCUUGUCACAACGGUGGGCAACUCCAUCCUGAACAAGUUUACGACCCUGGUCGAGGAUCCUACUUCCAUCUUCACCGUCCUGGGUGAGAGCGUGCCGAAUGUCACCCACUACUACAUGACGUACCUCGUCCUCCAGUGGAGUGCGCACGCCAUGGAGAUGCUUCGGUACAUGAACUUGAUCAAGUUCCAGUUCUUCAAGGUGCUUUUCACUCCGGAGGAAGCGAAGAACCUGUCUGAGCCAGAGAACCAGGACAGCUUCGGAUUCGGUGCUCGCAGUGUCAACCUUUCCAUCAACGUGGUGUUGGGCAUCCUCUUUUGUAGCAUUUCACCAUUAAUGCCAGUGCUAGCCAUGAUCGAUUGCUUGCUUGCUCGGCUCAUCUAUGGGUACCUCGUCAUCUACACGGAGACCAAGAAGCCCGAUCUGGGUGGCGCGUUCUGGGUAACGCAGCUUGGCCAUAUGCAUUUGGCUUUGGUGCUCUACGUGAUCCUCAUGGUGGGUGUCCUCCAGCUUCGAUCAGAUGAGUCGGCACCAGGAAUCAUCGCCGCAUGCAGCCUGGUGUUUGUGCUAUGGUCUUUCAUCCGUUUCCGGCAGCAGUUCAGGUGGCAAAGGCUUCCUUUCAAGGAGGUGGCCUUUGUCGCAGAAGAGAGCCUUGACCAGCAGAAGGUUCCCACCGCCGACUCGAUAGGCGCUUCGGAUUGGCUGGCCUUCGACAUGGUGGCGACGCUUGUUGCCGGACCCGGUGUAGGGCGCAUCGGCGUAGGCUUCCUCAACCUGCCGCCGGUGCCUUUAGUGGUGAAGAGGGUCACCAGAGGCUCCUGGGCGGAGAAGCAAGGCAUCCGCUGUGGCGACGAAUUCAUGUCCGUGGACCAUCGGAGGUCUCGUGCCUUCACAUCCUCGGAGUUUGUGCAAGCGAUGAAGAAGCGGCCUUUGGUGAUCAAGUUGAGACGGACGGUGCGCAAGGAGGGAGCCGAGGUCCCCGUCCUGCCGCAGUUGGCAAGCUUCGGUGCGGAGGCGCCGGACGCCCAGAGUACAGACCAGGAGGAAGAGGAAGAAGAGGAGGAUGAGGAAGAGGACGAAGCAGAAGACAUGUGUCCAGAGAAAGCUCAAGAGGUGGCAGAGAAGCUAGCCAAGGAGGUGGAGGCCAAUGCGAAGAAGGACGCGGAGCGGCGGAGUCUCUCCAAGAAGCCCCAGGCCGAGGCCCUGAGCUCCAGGAAGCGGCUCUCACUGCCAUCCUUCCAAGACGAUCGCUUGGGAGACGAGACGGACCAACCGGACGAAGAGGCAGGCGAGCAGGAGCGGAGUUCCAAGGAAAGCCGAAGUGAACAUGAGGAGGAGGAAGGCAACAUGAGCUGCAGUACAGCCCUCAUCGACUCGAGUACGAGCAUCGAAUCCACUCCCACGAUGGAUGCAGCCCAGAGCCCGAGCAGGGACAUGGAGCAGAAGGAGACGGAGGUCAGGGCGCACCCUGAAAGAGUGGCGUCCUUGACCUCACAGCGAAGUGCACCUCUACAAGCUGCAUUACGCCUAAGAGGUUUUCGGCUGGAUAUGAAUCAAGAAGUUUCCACUCGACAUGAGGAAGAUAGGUACAGCCCCAAGGAGGUGGCAGCUGCCUAUGAUCAGAGCGAGAUCCGCGAUGGCUGGACUCCAGGCGCCACACCUGCGCUUCCGGAGGACGUCCGGUCCCCGGCUGUGCCAUCGGCGGCACCGCGGCAGGAGAAGGUUGGUGCUGGGAGUACAGCGGCCAAUGGACAAGCCUUGCACGGCUCGCCUGCCGAGCUGCCGGCACCAAAACGGUCAGUCCACUCUGCCAACCAAUCCUUCUAUGCUUACGGCCCGCCUGGGACGCCACACAGCGACUUUGUCAGGAUCGUCUCCUCGAAGCUACCGUACCAUGUUCGUCCGGACAAGCCCUCCAGGACGUUGAACGAUUGGCUGGCGGCCACCACCUCCGUGCCAGAGGUGCUCAACCUCAUUGGCACCUACGGAGCUGAAUUCGACGGCACCAACACCUCGACUGCCAUGCAUCGGCUAGCAAAGUGGCACAGAGAGGCGCCUCACCACAGGCUCUUCGAGGACCCACGGUGGCACGAGGUUCUCAGCCAUCUGGAGCGCAACAUGCAGGCGCCAAACUUCCAAAGUCGCCAGCUGACUGGAGCCCUGUGGUCAUUCGCUACUCUGGGCAGGCGUGCGCGGGGUCCCCACUUGGACAAGGUUAUGGAGCAGAUCUCCGAGCGACUGCCGGAGUUCGGCUACGUGGACUUAGCGUUGACCGCCUGGUCCAUGGCCACCAUGAAGUGGGACCCUCCAGGCCUCUACGACCGCAUCAGCAAGCUCUCCCUGGCAUGCAUUGGCGAGUUUCAGCCCCAGGCGCUUGCUAACAUCAUGUGGGCGACCGCCACGCUGAAGAAAGAGAACGAUGCGCUCAUCCGCCACUCCGCGUACAUGGCGGUUAAGCAUUUGGAUUCGGGCAUGGACUUCCGGCCGUAUGAGUACUCGACCAUGGUGUGGUCCAUGGUGAUUACCCAGGCUCGAGAAGAGGCCCUCUUCAGCCGGGUCUCAGGCCAUGUUGUCCGACGCGUGAGUGAGUUCGGGCCGCAGGAGCUGACUAACACCGCGUGGGCAUUUGCCUCCUUGGGCUUCAAGACACAGGGCUUGUUCGAGGCACUGGGCAAAGAAUGUAGCGCAAAGCUUCGCUACUUCAAUUUGCAAAAUCUGACCAAUGUCGCCUGGUCCUAUUCUCAUCUGAAAGUCUGCGACGACCUGCUGUCAGAGGUGGCGGCAGUGGCACAUUCUCGGAUCCAUGACAUGAAUGUCCAAGAUCUGGCUCAGCUGGCCCUGACACUCGUCUUCAGCCGACGUGCAAACUUCGGCUUGAAGGAGGAUCUCGGGGACGAUGGCGUGCUCGGCAGUCGUGACUUAACCCUUGCCUUGGUUGUCGAGGUGACCAAAGCCAUGGUGCAAAAAAUUCGCCAGCCUGGCGUCACGACGCCGGAUGACGCCUGGAUCGUGCAUGACCUUGUGCUUGUGUGGCUGGAGGAGAAGGUGGCCUCGGAGCUCUUGGGGGACUCAUGGAAAAUGCUGGACGCGUACAUGGCUGGUUUGCACCAUCAAGUUCUAGAUUUCCUUCGCAACACCCCGCUCCUGGCACGCGCCCUCGCCUGCGGCUCUGUUGUGCAGUCUGCUCAUGUCCCGAUCUACGAGCAGUCUUUUCGAGAACUGGACAUCAGGUCUCUGGGAAUCAAGUACACCGGCAUGCUGUUGUCUGAGCUAGGCCUGACUGACAG